AUGGUCUCGGACGGUUUCCGUGUGCAGGACGUCGACGACAUUGUGUACGAGGUCGACGCUGCGAUGAUCACGGUCCAGGACGGCGAGGUGGACAUUGGCGGCAAUCCGUCGGCGGAGGAGCAGCAGGAGGCGCUGGACAACGGUGCGGAGCAGGUGAUCAACAUUGUGCACUCGUUCCGUCUGCAGGCCACGUCGUUCGACAAGAAGAGCUACCUGACGUACCUGAAGGGCUACAUGAAGACGAUCAAGCAGAGCCUGCAGGAGACGAACCCUGACCGCGUGCCCGAGUUUGAGAAGAAGGCGGCCGAGUUUGCCAAGAAGGUGGUCGGCAAGUUCAACGACUGGGAGUUCUACACGGGUGAGUCGAUGAACCCCGACGGUAUGGUGGCCCUGCUCAACUACCGUGAGGACGGUGUGACGCCCUACUUUGUGUUCUGGAAGGACGGCCUGAAGGAGGAGAAGAUCUAA